GAAAAGUGUCGCAGUGGGUGCGCGCCUUCGGUUCUUUCCUACGCUCGGCGAUCGCUCGGUGCGUCUGUGAGUGUGCCAGAGGUGCUUGGUUGCAGUUGCAAGCUGCAACGCGUGGCGCUGCAUUCGUAGCAGAUCGAGCGGCGUGAACGAGCCCUGUGGAGCUCUUUUAUGAUUGCCUAAGGUUCCUACAACCAACAUGGCGGAUCACAAGGAACUGCAGAUAGAGGAAGCGGUGGCGAUGGAGAGGGCAGAAGCGCCACGUGUUGGCUGCUGUAGGAGAACAGUGAAAUACAUUGGAGCGUACUGGCGUUCGAUGGUGGUCAUCCUGGCACCGAUGAUUGCGGCCCUCGUCUUUCUCAUCGAUACCACACCGGCCUACCGGUGUAUGUUCGUGGUGGUGACCAUGUCGCUGUACUGGGUCACAGAAGCAUUACCGCUGCCCGUCACAUCGAUGCUCCCGAUCGUGCUGUUCCCGGUGCUGGGAGUGCUGGAGACCGAUCGUACCUGUAUGAUGUACAUGAAGGAAACGAUGCUAAUGUUCAUCGGUGGCAUCAUCAUUGCGCUCGCCGUCGAGUUCUGUAAUCUGCACAAGCGAGUGGCGUUGAAGGUGAUCUCGAUUAUCGGUUGCAGUCAACGGCGGCUUAACUUUGGACUGACCGUCGUAACGAUGUUCGUUUCAAUGUGGAUCUCGAAUACGGCUGCGGUCGCCAUGAUGUGUCCCAUUAUGCAGGCGGUGCUGGAGGAACUGGAAUCGCAAGGACUCUGCCAGAUGUACGAGCGAAGGAAGAAGACGGGAGAAGAGGAAGGAAUGCUGGGCAAGGAGAAAAAGGAAGACGAAACACCUCGGCCAACAAAGACAACGCUUUGCUAUUUCCUCGGUGCGGCCUAUGCUUCGACACUGGGUGGCUGUGGUACGAUCGUUGGCUCUGGUGUGAACCUCACGUUCAAGGGUAUCUACGAGAGCCGUUUCCCCACUGCGCCUGGUAUUGAUUUCCCGAAGUUUAUGUUCUACAACGUGCCCGGUAUGCUGGUAUACACGUUCCUCACCUGGGUGUACCUGCAGUGGCUGUACAUGGGCAUGUUUAGACCAAACAGUCCCGAGGCGAAGGCAGCGGACAUUGGACCGGAAGGUGAAGCGGUAGCAAAACGUGUUAUUGAGACGCGUUACAAGGAGCUAGGACCGAUGACAUCGCACGAGAAAAGUGUCGCUUUCUUGUUCGUUGUCGCUGUUGUAUUGUUCUUCACGCGUGAGCCCGGUUUCAUCACCGGUUGGGCGGAUAUCCUGAACAAAGUCAAGAUUAAGGAUGCCACACCGGCUAUGUUCAUCGUAAUUGUGCUCUUCAUGAUUCCUGCCAACUGGCGGUGUCUUAAGUUCUGCCGCAGCAAUCCAGGCCGUCUCCCCACUGAAGCCACCCCAGGGCUGAUCACGUGGAAGUUCAUCAACCAGAAGGUACCGUGGAGCUUAAUCUUUUUGCUCGGCGGAGGAUUCGCACUCGCCGAGGGUGGUCGUGAGUCAGGAAUGUCGAAACUGCUCGGUAACUCGUUGUCGGGAUUGAAAUUCCUGCCACCGUUGCUGCUACUGUUUGUCGUUUGUCUGACGGCUCAAACAUUGACGGAAUUCACCUCGAACGUGGCCAUCUGUAACGUCAUACUACCGGUGUUAGCGGAAAUGGCUAUCGCUAUCGAGAUUCAUCCACUGUAUCUAAUGUUCCCGGCCGCGAUGUCAUGCAGCUUUGCCUUCCAUAUGCCAGUCGGAACGCCACCGAAUGCGAUCGUUGCCGGGGUGGGCAACAUUGCGAUCAAGGAUAUGGCUAUCGCGGGCAUCGGUCCGUCGAUAUUCACGCUGCUCGUAGUUUGGGCCAGCUUCCCAACGUGGGGCGCGAUCGUGUACCCGGAGCUGGCGACGUUCCCCGAUUGGGCGAGGCCUCUCAAUGCAACGAAUGCAACGCUGGCACUAAAUGCAACAGCGCAUCUGAACGCAACGUUGCUGUAAUCCCCCGAUACAUGCAUGCAUGCAUUUGUGGUGAUCCUAUCGAGAUUUUAGGCGAGGUCAUAGUUCAAGAACGGGCACGAGAACAACAGUAGAACAACUAGGCGUUAUUUUGUAAUUUCGAACCAAAACGAGUGCCAAACAUCGUGUGUUUCUGUGUGGUAGUGCGAAGCGAUCCGAUGGUAGUGUUUGAUGUGCAUUUAAUGUUGCUGAUCGUAUGCAUUGUUACUGCCGCACUGACUGGGGAGAUGGAUGUUGGACACUCGUCGAAACAAUCUUGCCGUGCGCGCUCCAUGCACACCAUCCUCGAUAGUGGUAGCAUCCCAUCCCUCGGAUCGUUGGAUGGCUAGAAAAGUGUGGUACUACUCUAUUAAUUUUACCUGCAUUUUACAAUCGAGACACGCGCCACGUGUAUGGUACUUACUACUUCUUUCUACCAUUCGAAACCCCAUUGGAUGAUAAUCGAAAAUGUGCCUGCGCCGUAGCACAGCCUGGGAGUGCAGCUACUAGCAUAGGAAUGUGCAAUUACGUGUUAGUCUUCCAUAGCGAAAUUGUGUGAGUGGUGAGCGGUGCAAUGCACAAUACGCCUUAGUAUAGCGCGUGACGCUGUGCCAGCAUAGCGUUACUGUUGAUAAGAUGACACGAACGGUCUAGACAAAGGAGAUAGAGCCGACGAGUAAAUAAUAUUCUGUACAGAAUGUGAAAACCUGAUAGGAAAUGACAGCACCGCCGACAAAACACGGGCAGGCAGAUCAAACUGAUUGGCGUGGGGCCUGGAGCUAGCGAAUAGGGAGAAGAAAAAAACAUACAAUAAAUAUACAAUUAAUGUUUAAGAUUGCGUACUGCA